AUGGGAUGGUAUAGAGGAGGAGGAGGUUUUGAAGUGGAUGAGGAUUCCGCCAUUAGUGUGUACAUCGAGGAUAGGAAAGUGCCAUUUGAGAUUGAGCUAGUUGGGCAUGACGAUUUACCUCAAAGAGUCAUUAAGGUCCUACUAGACAUCUCUUCGACUAUCGAGAACAUUGUCUCUUCCUCUAGUACUACCUUCAAGUUGAAAAAAGUGAUGAUAGUCGAUCCUAAGGAGCGAGUCAAAUUGUUAGAUUCGAUAGGUUUUGGUUUGGAGAGUGGGGUUAAUGUUCAUAGCUCAUCCACCAUGGCUUAG